AUGAGUAUAGGUUCUAGAUCAUUGUCUGAAAAAUUAAAAGAAAGGUUUUGUGAUGAAAAUAAGCCGACCAUUACAUCUGAAGAUCAGAUAAAAGUGGAAAAUUCUGUAAACAAAUUAUUUGAAGUUUUUGAAAAUAUACUACCUCAAUUAAUCAGAAAUAAACAUUCUGCCUUUUUAAAAUCAUCAUUGUCUCAUCUGUCAAGUAGUUAUCAAUGUCUUGAUGCUGGAAGACCAUGGCUAUGUUAUUGGAUUUUACAUUCUUUAAGUUUGCUCGAUUGUACAUUAGAACCUCAAGAAAUUUCUAAAAUUGCUCAAUUUUUAAAAAAAUGUCAAAGCACAGAAGGCGGAUUUGGAGGAGGUCCUGGUCAAUAUCCACAUUUGGCUCCUACCUAUGCAGCUGUUAAUGCUUUAUGUAUAUUAGGUACUGAGGAAGCCUUUGAUGUCAUUAAUAGAGAAAAAUUGUUAGAAUUUCUUUGGAAAUUAAAACAGCCAGAUGGGUCAUUCGAAAUGCAUGAAGGAGGAGAAAUAGAUAUGAGAGGAAUAUAUUGUGCAGUAUCUAUAGCAAAGCUUACAAAUAUAUACUCAAAUGAAUUGUUUAAGAACUCUGGAGAAUGGAUAGCUAAUUGUCAAACUUAUGAGGGAGGAUUUGCCGGUUGUCCUGACAUGGAAGCUCAUGGAGGUUAUGCUUUUUGUGGUCUUGCUGCUAUAGUCUUACUUAAUAAAGAAUAUUUGUUGGACAUUAAAUCAUUUUUGAGGUGGGUAGUGAACAGACAAAUGAAAUUUGAAGGUGGAUUUCAAGGAAGAACAAAUAAAUUGGUUGAUGGUUGCUAUUCUUUUUGGCAAGGGGGUACUUUUCCAAUAAUCCAUGGUAUUUUAUCAAAAUUCGAUAUAGAAAAUGUACUUAAUCAUGAGCGAUGGCUCUUUCAUCAAGAAGCUUUACAAGAAUAUGUUUUAACUUGCUGUCAAAAUUCUACAGGUGGUUUAAUUGAUAAACCAAAAAAGCAUAGGGAUUUUUAUCACACUUGUUAUGCAUUGAGUGGCCUUUCAGUAGCACAACAUUCAGGAGAAAAAAGAAUUAUUUUAGGAUGCAGAAGUAAUGAAUUAUCUCCAAUUCAUCCUUUGUAUAAUAUAGAACUCGAAACUGUUUCAGCAGCACUACAGUAUUUCGAACAAAAACCUGUACCUGUAUUUCAUAAAAAAAAAAUUUAA